CUGUCAGCAGUUUAUAAGCCGCAAGAAAGGACGACGUUUCUCGAAUUGUCAUGCUUAUGAAUUUACGAUCUCUAUCGCUGCUUGGAAACGCACUAGUCGAAUUAAAAUUGUAAAUUUUGACUGUAAUCUCUCGAGUUUGUCCUUGUGCUGCACGCGCGUGGUGUUUUAGCAUCGAAUAAAGCUUUUGAAGCAUCAGCUGCGGUUACCGGACGUUUAUUACGAGGACUUUUAGUGUUCAAUAGAACGUGUGAAAUACCUUGUGUAGAGUGCGAUCAUGGCUAAAUGGGGCGAAGGUGACCCUCGGUGGAUCGUGGAGGAGCGGCCCGACGCCACAAACGUCAACAACUGGCACUGGACGGAAAAGAACGCCGGUCCAUGGUCGAAGGAACGCCUAAAAGAGUUGCUGAACAAUUUAAAAAUAGCCCAAAAUGGUGUAGAUUGUAAGAUUACUGAGAUGGAGAAGAUUGAUGGAGAGGCUUCGGCGAAUAACAGAAAAGGAAAGCUGAUAUUCUUUUACGAGUGGGACAUUAAGUUGAAGUGGGAAGGCCGUAUUUCAGGAGGCAGUGAGGUGACCAAGGGGGAAGUGCAUAUUCCCAACCUGUCGGAGGAAAACGACGUUAGCGAGGUUGAUAUGACAGUCACAAUAAAAGGCAGUGGCGAGGAAGCCCAAAGAGUGAAAGCGUUCAUGCACAAUGUCGGCAAGAAAGAAAUCCGAAAACAGCUCGAAGAGUACAUUCGGAGCCUCAAAGAGGAGUUCUCAAAAGGCCUCAUCCUCCCCAAGAAAGGUGAAUCCUCCGUCAAGCCCGACAAUGUCUCAACAAUAACCAGCGGAUUUAACAAAAAAAUCAACAUGGAACCUAUAAUCGCGCCUAAGAAAGAAAUUGGUUGCAAAUUAGACACAAAAAGUCUAGAACUUUCAGAGAAAUUCCAAUGCAGAGGACAAGAGUUUUACGACGCUUUGACUAGAAUAGAAAUGGUGACAGCUUUCACGCAGGGCCAUGUGAAAAUGGAGGCGGAGAAGGGUGGGAAGUUUGCCCUGUUUGGGGGAAAUAUUACGGGGGAAUUCAGAGAGUUGGUGCCGGGGAAGAAGAUCAGCCAGUAUUGGAGAUACAAGCAGUGGCCUGAUCAACACUUCUCGGAGGUUACCAUCAAUAUUGAUGAGAAGGAGGACCACACACUAGUGACAGUGAAGCAGGACCUAGUACCAGCGGCCGAGGUGGACCAGACGCGCGAGAACUGGAAGAGAUACUACUUCGAGAGCAUUAAGCGCGCCUUUGGCUUCGGCGCCUUCCUGUGAUCACUAGGAAGCACAUUAGGCAAAUUAGGUCCAAUUUUAAUAAGGGAGUUGACUUGAUGAAUGCAGAGCAUUAUUAAAACGCUUAGUACGCGUAUUAAAAAUCGUCAUUUCAAGCAUAAUAAUUAUUAUACAAACUAGCAUUUUAUUGUUCAAAAUUUCAAAUAUUUGCUGUUAGGAAACAACUUGAGGACUGUAUCUUAUUUACGCAAAAUUUUGCUAUGAUUACAUUCAAUCCGGGAUAAUUAUUUCUGCCGCUUAAUGAGUAUAAAUCUGGUAGUUUGAUCUUUAAGUAUGAGUACCUAUAUCUGUUAUAUCACUUUGCCUUUACUUUGCUUGAAGCCGUCGACAAAAUAAUACUAAGACGCGUAAAUGACUGCUUAUUAUAAUUAUUAAAUUGUUAAGCACUUUGGUAAUCCAGUGGACACAAAACCGUCUACUUUAGCACUGCAUUUUGCGACUGCUUUAUUUUGGAUUAAUGUACGUGUUUCCGUGUUUACCCGAGGCAGAGAUAGGCCAAAAACGAGAUGGCGAAACGAGCUGCGGCGCGAUUCGGAAAACGAAUUAGAGAUUAACUAGAUACGAUAUAGUAAAGAUAUAUGACGUCCCACGGAUAAAGGUACCUUAUGGCGGUUGGUGCUUGCGAUUAUUAACGUCGCUCCAAUAUUAUUGCGGCGCUAUGCGACGUAAGCGCCAGCCUCCAUAAGGUACCUUUUGUCGUGGAACGUCACAUAACUUUACUAUUUCAUAUCUAGUGAAUCUCUAAUUAAUUUCCCAAUCGCGGCGCCAGCCGCCAUAAGGUACCUUUUGCCGUGGAACGUCACAUAUCUUUACUAUAUCGUAUCUAGUGCAUCCCUUAUUCAUUUCCCGGAUCGAGCCGCUGUACUCAUUUUGUGACGACUGGCGAAAACAUGCAUAAAGCCGUGACGAGUGGCCUUUGCCCAGCAGUGCUAUUUAAAAAAAAUACGUGUCGUAGCAUUGUUUUAUCUUUGAUGUAAUGUAGUUAAGUAUUAAGAAACAACCCUCAAGCUUGAUGUUAUCUGUGUGUUACGUAUUUUGUUGAUCAAAAUGAUUGUAUUCGUUAAAUGUAUUACUUCCAUGCAGUGGUUAUUUAAAAUUUACAAGUUUAAUUGUGACGUCCCACGGUAAAGGUACCUUAUGGCGGUUGGCGCUUAUGCUAUUAUUAACGCCGCUCCAAUAUUAUUGCGGCGCUAUGGGACGUAAGCGCCAGCCUCCAUAAGGUACCUUUUGCCGCGGAACGUCACAAUUGUACUCAGUCAUGCCAUAUAUCAUACUCUCACUAAAAUUAAAUUAGUUUAACGAGUUGAAUAUUCAAUUGGUUACAUCUACAAUUGUUUCUUUCGCAAAAAGGGUGACCCAAAAGUGACCCAAAAGUGACCCACAACAGUAAUUUUUAUUUGAGAAAUCAAAUAUAUCCUGCAUUUAUCUAUUUUGCCAUCAUCCCUUAUUUUUUUCUAACAUAUGAUGUAAUAACUGUGAUUUUUGACUUAAUUUUGUGAGAAAAUCUGAACUGCUAACCAUAAAUAAGUGACCGAAAUGAUAUCAGGAAUAAAGCCUCUUUUUACAGAGGUUUUUUCGAAUAUUAUUUUUUUAUUUCAAAAGCAUAAAGGUAAAAUAUUUAUUGAUUGUACAAUAUUAUGAAACUCUCAACUGCCAUUUUACGGGUGUAGCCUAAAAAUAGCUAAAAGUAGUUUUAAUUUGGCUGCCGAAAUUGUAUUGUAAUUUCGAAUAUUGUAUGAAAAUGCUUGGUGUAAGCUCAUAAUUGCCACUUCCGAAGUGUAAUUCCUAGAACAUUUAUUUUUAGUACGGUGCAGUACGGUCAGCCAAGAAAGUGGUCUACCACUUUUCGACUCUAUCAAUCAGAUGAUAGAGUCUAUACCUAAUAAAGUCGCAUUUCGUGGUAUCAACCAAAUAUCAACAUAAGGUAAAAACUGUAGUCAGGACCAUAGUUAUUUUGUGAAAUGGCAAUUAUGGGCUAGACUGAAACCAUAUUUUACAAAUAUAUCUGGCAUAAUAUACAACCUCUCCUGUUAUAUCAGAGGGAUUCCCUUUAAUUCGUUUCGUUCCCCAUACAUAGCUCAGUUAUAUAACCAGUAUUGAAUGAUUAUAUGUAAAAAUAAUGUCUACGCUGAUUAUUUUUGCUUUAGUGGCUGCCGUUCCUCCUACCGACUGAGCGGCAGCUGACGUCCACGAGAGUUCGUUACACGUCGCCCUUUACCACUUUUUGCCCGGGAUGCUAUUGGUUAUGGAUAUCUGUUCCUGGUCCGGUCUAUGUUUGGUCUUGAGGUAUCAAACGGUAUCUAACGAACCUAACAAUGCCUCCACAAACUGUAAUAUUGGUUAUGUAACUUAGUUACGUACGAGGAAAAUCGUUAUUUCUUACAUUUUGCAUGGCCGUUUUUUAACGUAUUAUUAUCGGGGUUUUCUCGAGUCUGACAUUUUGGUUUUGCUUGUUUCGUGUAAGUAGUACUAAUGUAAAUUAGUUUAUUUAUGGAUGAUAUCCAAUAAAUUAAGUUACGAAUA